CGUGUAUUUAGAACAAACUUUUUCAUGACACUGGUUAGACCUGGUAAAGAGCAGCCACCAGAUACAGUACAGUUCCGUAUACCGCUAGACUGGAAGAAGACGUUACAUAACGCUGUGAGAACGACAACUUUUAUUGAGCACAAUGCAGCCAGCAUGGGGUCUCCAUUCAAUUCCUGCCCUGGAAUCUCUGUGUCUGGGAGAGGAUUGUGACAUCCACCGCUUAAAGAUGACAAAGUUCGACGUACAAAAUUACCUGCAGAAAAUGUACAGUGUGCCUGUAGCUACAGUGCGUACUCGCAUCCAGUAUGGCAACAACCGUAAAAGAAACCACUUAAAUCAACGUGUAAAACGGCCAGAUUACAAAGUGGCCUACGUGCAGCUGGGUGAGGGCCAAAAAUUUCAGUUCCCAAACCUGUUUCCUGCAAAGGAUGAGAAACCAGAAGAAGGUUCGUUUGAUGACUUGCAGAAAGAGUUCAUGGAGAAUGAGAUGCAGCGACAGCGCGGUGACCCUCGCAGGGGAGGACUCAAUGAAUGGUUUGGACUUUAGAUCUUGAAGUUACAGAAGGUUGUGCCUUGCUAGCACGGUCCCACUGGUGUGCAGAGCUUCCACCUCUAAUCCUUGCUUCCUAAGAUCAUACAGGAAGUCACAGAUGGGGUCAUGUUGACCAACAUUGAAAAUACUCUUAGGACGCUGUUUUCUGGAUCCAUAUACUUUAGACCAUCUUGUUUAUGGAUGUCUUCAUGUAAUGUGGAAUAUUUCUUAUAUAGCUGUUUUGAGAAAAGUUUUAGUGGAAUUGGUUACUUGAAAAGUACCACUCCCUAAUCAAUUUAAGUAUAUUUGAAAAUAAACCCAAUAAUUUAUAGUAA